AUGUCUUGUCUCCCCUUCUUCGUCUUACAUACCACGAUACACCACAUUUCGUUCACCACGUGCACAUCAGUCUACAAGCUCUCCCUCCCCGAGGAAACUGCUCCCUUCGCACCUCGCUGGCCCAGCUUAGCCACCAACAGUGAUAAGAUUGCAAUUGAGCCACAACAGAAAGUAUCUACAGAGCCAUCCACCACGCCACACAAUGCACAAACCCACUUUUCACGUCUUGUCUUCUCGUUGCACCGCUGCGAUCAUGGGCCAUCACUCGAUGAGGUUGCAAAUAAUAGGCUUGAGACAAGGAUCAGUGAAGUGUUUUUGUUUACGCUCCCGCCCGCGGCCCGCUCUUCUGUUCUUUUCGGCAGUAGAAUUAAGUGCAUGCGCCGCCGAGCCUUUCCCGCCAGACAGACUCGUCGUUAA